AUGGCGGCAAAGAGCAAAGGAGCACUGGAAAAAAUUGGGCAUAGGAAUUCCAAAUUUUUUCAUGCCUGUGCUUCCCAAAGGAGAAGGGUGAACUUGAUUUCGAAUAUUUGGGAUGAGGAAGGGAACAAUUUUCGGACACCAGAUGAGAUUGAAGGGGUUUUUGUAAGAUAUUUCCAGAAGAUAUUUACUUUGUCUACCCCUAGUGGCAUGGAGACCUGUUUGCAGAACAUUACAAGUAGGGUGUCGCAGGAGAUGAACAAAAAUCUGCUACAGGAGUUCACAUCUGAGGAAGUGCUUCUGGCUUUGCAACAAAUGGCACCACUUAAAUCCCUGGGACCAGAGGGACUACCUGCUUGCUUUUUUCAAGAAAAUUGGGAGAUUGUGGGGGAUGAGGUGUUGGCUAAUCGCUUAAAGUUGAUACUCCCUAUGAUUAUAUCUCAAAAUCAAAGCGCUUUUAUUCCAGGGCGUUUGGUUUUGGACAAUACUUUGGCUGCUUAUGAAACGUUACAUACGAUGUAUUGUCGUAUGUGGGGAAAUGUGGGUUAUAUGGCUAUUAAGCUCGAUAUGAACAAGGCAUACGACCAAGUUGAAUGGUAUUUUCUUGAAAAUGUCAUGAUUAAAAUGGGUUUUGAUAGGAGGUGGGUCAAUAUUAUUAUGACAUGUAUUUCCUCUAUUCGUUAUGCUAUUAUUGUCAAUGGUAAUCCAGUGGGGGAUAUUCGGCCUUCUAGGGGAAUGAGGCAAGGAGAUCCCCUAUCCCUUUACCUUUUUCUACUAAGUGCUGAGGUGUUGAGUUCACAGCUUCAUCAGGCAGCUUCGGAGGGAAUUCUCACAGGGGUUCCUACAUCUUUGAGGGGUCCUCGGUUAAAUCAUUUGUUCUUUGCUAAUGACAGUUUACUUUUUUGUAAAGCCACUGAAGCAGAUUGGCGAAAGGCAAAUCCCGUAUUCGGGAGUUCUAAGGUAUUAAAGACCGGGUUUGUAAAAGGGUGUCUGAUUGGAAGACCAAGUUUCUCUUUCAGGCGGUUGUCUCAAUCUCCGGAUAGUUUGGUGGGAAAAAUUAUUAAAGGAAAAUAUUAUCACCAGGGGUCUUUUCUAGAAGCCAAUUUGGGAAGCAGGCCUUCUUUUGCUUGGAGAAGCAUCAUGGCGGCCAGAGAAUUAUUCAAGGAGGGGGUACUUUGGCAUAUUGGGGACGGGAAAUCUGUGGCUAUUUGGAAGGAUAGGUGGAUCCUCAUGCCAAUCACCCAUUGUAUCCAAACCCCAUGUAUGACUCUCAACGAAGAUGCUACUGUAAAUGAACUGUUUGAGUCAACUAUGGGUGGCUGGAACUGGGCUCUUAUCAAUGAAAUAUUCGAGGAGGAGGAAGAUGAGAUUAUUUGCAACAUUCCAAGGAGUAAGUAUGGGAGGCCAGAUAAGCUGAUUUGGAGAGCAUCCCCAACUGGAAUUUUCACUGUUAGGAGUGCAUACCAUAUGGAAAUGGAGAGGAAAAUGAUGCAAUCUGGAAUGGGAUCGACUCAGUUAGGGUGUUCAUUUUUGUGGAAGUUUUUAUGGAGCACACAGAUCCCAAAUUCCUCAAAAGUUUUCCUGUAG